GAUGCGUCUGACAAACCGCCUCCGGUCUGAGAAACCCUCUGUCAUCAGCCUUUCUCCGUUGGAAAAAGAAACGCUGUCGAUUUUGACCAUUCUUUUUAGAUGUUUCGUGAGCUGAGCAGACGCAGUCGAGCUGAAGACGACACCAGACAUGUCGUUGGCAGAUCGUGGAUGUGUGUUCCUGGGUUUAAUCCUGUACAUCUCCGCGGUUCAAGCAAACAGCGUCUGUGCCUUAAAGGGUUCAUCCGUGCAUCUGCGCUGCUCAGCUCAACAUCCCACAUCAAACAUGAAGUGGUUCUCUGAACACAGGGUCGGCACCGAGCUUGAUCAUAGGGAGAUCUCUGCGGACGGAAAACAUAUCAUAUCAGCAGAAAGUCCUCCAACUCUAACGAUCAGCGAUCUGAGAGAGAGUGACGGAAACUUUUACUGUUGUAGUGACGAAAAUCACUUAAACGAUUGUCAGAAGGGAGGAAUUCAGCUCCAAGUUGCAGACCUGCAGGUGAAGGUGUUUCCUGCCACAGAGGCGGACACGGUAUCACUGAUGUGCAGCAGCAGCUGUCCUCUGACUGACAGCCCUGCGCUCUACGUCUGGUACAAGGACAGAGCGUCGCUGUAUGAGGACUGGUCUCCCUGGUACCAGCAGCUGCUCAGUGGGGAGGAGGCGGGAAACUACUCCUGUGCCGUCAAAGGCUACGAGCAUCUCAGAGCCAAAGUCUCAGUGGAUUCCGUCACACCGUCGUGCUUCACUGUGACCUAUGCUGAAGGGAGAAUGUGCUCUCAUCAGCACAACUCUGGGCCCUGCUCCAUCACAUACCCCCGAGAAGUACAUGUUCAAAAGUCUGAGACUGCAGUUACGGGCCAUUUCAAACUGACUUGUACAACCAACUGUUCUCUGACUGACUCUCAAACGUCCUUCACAUGGUACAAGAACAGACGGAAUAAGAAACAACUACCGUCUCUAGUUCCCAGCUCCUCCCCUGACAGUUUCUCCUGUGCUGUGAGGGGCCACGAGGAUUUGCUCUCUGAUGAAAUAUGUAUUGAUGAUGAAAACUGCCAGAGAGUGAAUUAUGUCAGCUGGAGAAUCUGUGCUCUGAAAGGUUCUUCAGUGAACAUUUCAAGUGAAUACUGGUAUCCGGACACACAUGGGUUAAAGGCUAAAUAUUGGUAUAAGAAAGAGAGAAACGCAACAGCAGCUGCUGAAGAGCUGAAAGAGACGGCACCUCGUAUUAAGUAUCAUGACGGCACGAAAAACCGCCACAUCCUGACAAUCAAUGAGCUGAACAAGAAUGACUCUGCAGAAUACAUAUUCAAAAUCAUAGCAGACCACCAAACGGGGAAACAGCUGGAUUUGCCCGGAGUCACUUUGGUUGUCACAGACCUGAGGGUGAGGUUUACUCCCUCUGCUGCGGUGACCGAGGGCCAGAGAGUCACACUGACCUGCGGAACCAGCUGUCCUCUGACCGACGACACAAACUACAUUUGGUACUUGAACAGUCGACCUCUGGACCUGACAAAAAGACAAAGCAAACAUCUGGUUCUGGACCUCGUCAGCGGCGAGCACGCAGGAAACUACUCCUGUGCUGUUGAAAACCGCCAAAUGAGAUCUCUUGAAAAAAUGCUCACCGUCCACACAAGACGACGAUGGGCACCAGCAGCCGCAGGAGUUGUAGCUGUUCUCCUGGUUAUAAUAUCCAUCGCCGUCUUCUUGCGGAUCAGAAGAAAGAUGAAGUCCAGCAGGUCUCCAGGAACUGAAAGCUCAGACAACUUGGAGCAGAUGAUCCCGGGUCAUGUGUAUGACGUCAUCUCAGCUCAACCAGCAGAGCAGGAAGUCCUUUAUGAAAGCAUAGUCGACCUCUCUAACCACGCAGAUGCUCUUUACUCCAAAGUCCAGCUACACCAGGCCCAAGUACAAGAGCACAUUCCCUACGCUGUUGUCAACUUGAAACCCAAAACUACCCGAGAAAGCAAUUGUUAUGCAAAUGAUUCAGGCUUUGGGAAAAAAUUCAAUGCUGCCGAAGUCCAUAAUCACUAUUAAAUAUAUUUUCUGAAUACACCACUGAUCGUUUUUUCAUGGCACUUAUGUCACAGGUUGGCUACUGUUCUGAAUGUACUUUAAGAGCCUUAUGAUAAAACAGAUUUUUUUUAACCUAUUAUUAUUGUUAAUUCAUUUUUUAUCAUUAUGUUUUUACUAUUAUAUAUGUUUAAUUUUUUGCAACAUGAUACGGUCAAGUCUAAUGCAUUAUUUUCUUUACUUUCUGGCAUAAUGGCCUGGUAGUUGACACCGAGAAUAAGUACAGAACUAAAAACAAAAGCUUGUUGAACGCAACAUGCAGAGAACUUUGUCCUGUUCAUUACAUUUACUGUACAUUUAGGGACUUCAGUUUACUGUGCUGCUUCAUGUGAGCAGGCAGAUUUCCAGCCUCUUGACACAUCAAGUGCACUCUUGAGAGCGCUGACUAACACCCACUGCCUGCUUUAGGAAGUGAAAACAGGAAGUUCCUCUGAUUUGUCUGUAAGGCUUUACUGCUGUGCAGACUGUCACUGUGUCAAAAUCCUGAACUGAAUAUAAAAAUAUAACCGGGACAGGAAAGUGAAGCUAAUGCGGAAGUGCCUAUACUCGCCGGAAUGACCAUGAGAGCGCGACUCCAAUGGUUGCAAAAAUAAGUCAGUCAAAAGUUCUCACUUGAUUUAUGACAUCAGUAAACUUCACUAUUUUCAAGUCUUCUUCAAUACAGCGUGACGUUCAUUAUGUAAAAUGUGAUCUCAUUUAGAGUGAAAUAGUCGAUAAAACACCACAAGCAUUGGAGCGUGGAUACAGCGUGUUUGACAUUAAGUAUCAUUCAAUCAGUGCAUGGUUGCAGGUGCAGAUGGGCGCGCAGUCAGACCCACCCCCACUCCUAGGUGUGGUUAUAAAACUAAAACAAGAUGGCGCCGGUCAAAAUGCUAAACUCGAGCCUUCAAAGUGGCAGCUCACAAAUCAAUAGGUGACAUCACGGUGGGUUUGCCACCGCAGCAACAACCUUUAAACAAAUGCUACUUAUGUGAAAUAUCAGGAUGUUAAAAUUAAUCUACAACAAAAAAGUGCAGGACUAUUCAUUAUCCUGCAUAAUACAUAAUAUCCACAAAAUUCCGACACCUGAAACAUGUAUUCAUGGGACUUAUUGUAGCUGCCUGCAACUAGAUAUUGCUUACUUUACUUAUUAGUUUAGCUAGCAAAAUAUUUUAGGCCAUAGUGCAAAUCUUAUGAGUUGUAGGCAAAAGUUAAGAUUAAAGGCGGGUUGACCAGAUAAGUAAUCAAACAGAUAUUUUGCGAAAUAAUGCCAGCUAAUCCCUAAGCUAACGCUACGGUCAAAUUUCUUCUUUCUCAAAAAUUAAAUAAAAGAAGUUUUUACUUCUACUGUUUAAUGUUAAAAUGUACUUGGGAAACAGCUCUUACGUUACAGAAAGCUAAUGUACAGCGAAUAAAAAACAUACUCACCCAACAUCAAAAUGACUUGUUGGCGCCUGUUUCCAGUGACUGCUAGCCUGAACCAUAUUAGCUGAUGAUCGUCUCUUUGUCACUUAAAUAAAAAAUACAUAUUAAAUGAUUUUUUACAUUA